UGAUGCGUCUCUCCCAUACCUCAGCUGAGCGCACACACCAGCGCAGUCUGCAGCGGCAGCAGCGUUAGGAUGUAAUCAAUCCCACAUGUUUCAUCUGGGCGACUCGGGGAUUUUCACUUUGAAUAUUUUUCUACUUUUUUUUUCUUUCUUUCCUCCUUUCAUUUUUAGCCCUCAUCGCCGAGCAACGGAUCUAAGUUAGCAGACAUGUCGGGGACUCCGUUUCUGCCGUGCACUGCGCUCCACACAGCGAAGGGAGCGCGAAGUUCAUAAAAAGGGAUUACUAUCAUAUUUUCUUUUUUUCUUUCGGGGCUCUGGGUGCCUGAAACCUUCAGUGCCUCUGGAUUUUUAUUUUAUUUUUAUUUUUUUUGGAAAUUUUUAUUGUUUUUCUUAUUUUUUAUUUUUUUACUUUGGAUUUUGUGGGAAUUUAUUCGCUUCUCAUCGGGAUGGAAAGCCGCGAUUUCGCCCCGCCGCACCACCUCCUGACAGAGCGGAGCGCCCUGGUGCACAGCGCCGCUUCUCGGAUCGCGCCGGGCGGCCACAGCUCCGUGCAGCACCCGGCGCACUUCCAGCCCGGGAAAUACUACUCGUCCCACCUACCCAUGGGUCCGCACUCAGGUCCUUCCUUCAUGGGCUCCUUCCUGGCCAGGAGUCUGGGGACCCCACCUUCACAUCCCCCUCACCCUUCUGGACCCGCUGCCUCCCCUGCCUCCCCUUCCUAUAGGGCUGGAACCCAUUCAAGUACUUCCCCUAUUUGGUUCCCCCACUCACAUGAAGGGUACCCAGGCUAUUCAGGAAGUCUUGCUUCUCCUUUUCUGUCCAUGAGUGCCCUGGAUCACCAUAGCAGCAGUCUCUAUGGACAGCCCCGCUUCUAUGAAACCCAAAAAGAUCACUUCUACCUGAGAGGCCUUCCUCCCCAGUCUCCUCUACUCUCCACCAAUCACAGCCUUCCUCCACUGUCCAGGACCGCAUUAGGCCACCCACUUGGCCCCUGCAGUCGUGGUGAGAUGGACAGUGGGGGAGGAGGUGUGAAGAGCAUUAAGGAUGUGGGCGAAAAGGGGGGUUUGUCAAAAGAGAGGGAAAAAUUAAGCAGCAAAGAGCGACACCAGGACAGCAAAGAAAAGCAGCAGCUCCACAACCAACACCAUUCUCAUCAGAUGAACUCUGCUACCACUCCAUCUGGAAUCCACCAAGCUUACUCCCAUCCACACCAUGCUCUUCUUCCACAUCUUUCCUUCCAGGGUCGGGAACAAGACCACAGAAACUCUUUAGAGCGACACAAAGAGUAUAAAGACAGUGACUUGGGUAGUCAAGGAGCAAAACCUAUGAGUGCCUGUAAACUGUCCAGUGGGACAGGGUCAGAGGGUGCCUGUGAAGCAAAAGGUGGAACACUAAGCAGCUGCAAUGGUGGGGCAAGCAGACUUUCAUCUGGAAUAAGCAGGCAAAGCUCAAAAGAUGCACCCAUAACUGGGGAAAUGAGAAUCAGUGACUCUUCAACUUCUUCAUCUGAAUGUAUGCGUCGAGGAACUGUUACAGCGGCGGCAUUCCUGACACCCCCAACCCCUCACGCUGUAGCUUCCUACUCUAUGCCUCCACCCCCCGCACCACCACCUCCACCUCAUACCUUGCACAUAGGCUCCACAGUAUCUGGAGGCUGGCUACACCCUGCAAAUCACCACCCGCAUCCUGAGUUUUACUGUCCUCCUCCCCCACCUCUAACACUUACACCUUCAAAAGAACCCACAUCCAGCACUGGAGGGUCCAGCAGGGAAGCAAAGGUCAAUGGCUCAACUUAUGUGCCCUCAGUUGGAUCACAAGGAGACAUGUCCUCCCCUGACUGCCGUGGAGCAACCGGAGGAACAAGAAAAGAUGAAAAAACCAUAGAGGGAUCCCAUGAAAGUCCCUCUCACCAUCCCAGCCGCCUUAGUAGCUGCCAGAAGAAGGACAAAUCCCAGCCCCACCUACAGCAGAUGGGAUAUGGCAAAGCUGACAAACCUCCUGAUUGGAACCAGCAGACACAUCACUUUAACAAACCUGGCUCCAACGGCAUUUCUCAACCUGAACUUCGGUCCUGUAGCUUAGAAACAAAUAUCUCUCUUAAAGAUGCUGAUGUUGCAAAUGAGAUUUGCCAUCAUCUCUCACAAGCCAAGACCAGUUCUGAUACUGAAGCUUCCUCACUAAGGGACUGUUCUCUCUCAAGUCCAGAUGGAAAAGUGGGAACUGGACUUGCAACUCAGAGGGAAGGACAAAAGGUUGCAAGGAUACGACAUCAGCAGCACAACAGCCAGCCUGCAGCCGCAGAAGAGCGGUUAAGGGAUGGAAGUCAGGCAGCAUCAUCAUGGGGAGCUCUGGGGAGCCAACAAGAGGACCAGAGAAAAGGUAGCCAUCUUGGAUCAGUUAGUAAACAGCCUCCUCUUCUGUCCCAUUCCUCGCCACACACACCUGAUGGUGAGGGAGGUGCCAUGAAGAACCUUAUGAACUACAGCUCUCAGCAACCUUUGUUACUGCCACAGCGAAGCCCCUUCGGAGGUCUGGGCUGCCUUAACAAGAGUGGGGAGAGAUCAGAGAGGACAGACAGAGGAGGAGCUAAAAGCAACACCACACUGCAAGACCCCUCCAAACAAUCUCUCCCUUCUCGCCGUGGCUCCACUAACGAGGGAGAAAAGACUGACAGGGGUGCAAAGGAGGCCGGAGAAGCCGGAGAGGGGGAGGUCCGACAGCCUCCGGUGGGUAUUGCUGUCGCUGUAGCCAGGCCCCCCCAUCGUUCUCCAGACAGCACUCCUGGAAACAGCAGACAGGGCCGGGUGAUGCCCAGCCUGAAAGGAGUAUCGCGCACUGUGUAUCCUUUUGGUCGGGAGUUGGAGGAGAGGAAGAGGAUGUCAGAGGACCAGAUUGGUCUUCAUCACCACGACAGAGAUAGAGAACUGGUCAUCAGGGAAAACAAGGACUGCAUGGAGUUUGCUCGGAUCCACCCAUCCAGUAGCUGCCACGGUGACCUGACCCCUCACCUCCUUGUCCCCAGUGGAGCAAGCCAAUUAGGGGACCCUGUUGCACAUGCUCACCCAGCUCACCGCCACUGGAUGCAGAGGACAGGAAGUCCCUCCCUCUGGAUGGGCCCUUCAUACGGUCUGAGCCAUGUGGGGAUGAGCCCCAGCUUCCCACCAGGUCUUGCCAGCCCUCUCCAGCCAGUCUUGGGGUCCCUCAGCCAAGAUCCUAACUCCCCUCUUGUGGUUCUUCCAACAGAACCAGGGCCUCAUCUUUCUCUCGAUGUUCUGGAGCAGUCAGGUCUCUGGCCUUCGAUGUACGGAGCCAGAGGAGCUCCCCCUCACCUGCAGCCCCACCCAGUCUAUUCGCGCACCUCCUUCCUACAGCAGCAAGAGCUGUACGCACUGCAGCAUCAGCACCACCAGCAACAGCAGCGAGCUAUGGAACACAUGCAGCGACUCCCCUUAGGACAAAGAAAACAUGAUACAAUCACAAUAGACGACUCGCCGAAUGGAUCCCCGACUUCCAGAACUCCAUCUUCUUCCUCAUCCUCUGUCUCCACCCAUGCAGCAAAACCCUUCUCUCACACCCCUCCUCUGCCUAAGACCUCCACACCGUCUCCAGGGCUGUGCCCGAGCAGCCGGCAGUCACCCUGCUACCAUUCGCCAUCAUCGCGUUUGACACACCCGCCAAAUUCCCUGACUCCGACCCCGAGCCCAGCAGCGGCAGCGCCAAGAUCUCCGGCCCUCAGCCCUGCCCCUUCACACCUUUCCAAAGCACUGGAGAGAGUCAGUGACAGAGGAGAAGGGCAACCACCUCAGGACUAUCCCCAGUCCUUAGAGCCAGACUUGCCACCUGUAUAUAGCUUCUCUCCAGUUUCCAUGGGUUACAAGGCCGGGCCUUCGCCUCCUGAAGCGCGAGCGGCAGAGCAACCUUUGUUGGAAGAACAGCAAACAGGGUCUGAAACCAAGACUUUCUCUAAACAAUGCACCAUCCAGCCUCUCACCAAAGAGCGGGCAAGGAAAGAAGAGAACAUAACAGAUUGCAAGGCAGUGGAGUCCGAGAGUGAAUCAAAAGGAUGCUCUAUAUCUGAACUCCAGAGUGCUCUUUCUGGAUCACCGUCAUGCCCUUUCCAAGCUCCAGUUCCCGAACCAUUCUGCCCAGCAGGCAAAACCCUAAAAGUGGAUGUUCCUUUGGGUGGCCUUAUGGAGUCUCAGAUGUCCAAAGAGCAGGGAAAUGAUUGGGAGUGCAUCAAAGAGGAUGACAUGGGGGAGAAUGAGAGAACAGAGCGUGGACCAGCUGAAUGUAUGGUCUCUGUGCCCAUAGAGCCUGCGAAUGGGGAGCCGGAGCAGGAUCAGUACAACGGUGAAGAGAAUGUAGAGGUGGUUGAGGAUAAGGAAGAGGAAGAAGAUGGGAGUGGGAAAAGUCCAGAUGAGCGAUUGGUAGAAUAUUCUGUUGUUUCCCCCUCUGCUGACCCGCUCCCCUCUUCCACUAUGACAACAGCAGCCCAGUUAGAAGGGGCUUACAUGUGGAGCUUGGAGCUCUUGAUUGCGGCGGCUCUGUGUGCCACCAGAGAUGCCUUGUACCCGCCGACACCAGUUGUUCAGACCCAGUCUCCUUCUUCUCACCAUGGUAUGGAAAUACUGGGGGAACUAGCUGAGCUGGAGAUCAAGCAAAGGAGCAGGGAGUUCAAAGAGAAGGAGGAAGAAGGUGAGGAGACGCUGACCUUUGACCUUCACAGUCUGGCGACGCUGGCGGCGGCUCGGGCUCUAGAGAUGGGCGGCAGCAUUGUGGACACGGAGUCUGACCGGCAGUGUCCAAUCAGGAAGAGGCUAAAUCUGCGCCGGAAGUGCAGCUGGACGCCUCGGCACGAGCCGGUGUGCCCAGUGAAGGGCUCCAUGGAGACUAUGGGAGGGGAGGAGUUGGCCAUGCGUGUCCAGCUGGCUGAGUUACAGCGCCGCUACAAAGAGAAACAGAGAGAGCUGGCCAAACUACAGAGGAAACACGACCACCAGAAAGACGAGACGUCUCGUAGCCCCGCUCGCCGGGGGCCCGGCCGCCCCCGCAAGCGCAGGUCCACCCCCGGCCCAGCUGCCGCGGAGAGCUCCAAAAGACUCAGGACUGGGCUAAAUAUCCUAGAGCAAAAGAACAGGAAUGUCUUGUCCAAUCACAGCUUCAACAGUCUGAGUGCUGCACAGAUGAAAGCUCGUUGUAAACACAGAGGUCGACCAAGCUGUCUGAGCUCCAGGCUGGCCAGGCGGGUGACCCAGAUGAAGCAGAAAACCUCCGCCCAGCGGGAGGCGCCAACAGCCGGAGGGGUGCACAGCAGUGAGGAAGACCCUUCCAAGAAUCACAGCCGGCAGGAGGGGAAAGAUCGACAAGACCGGAUGCCAGGUGAGACCAUGAAGAAGAGAGGUCGAAAGCCCAAAGUGGUAAUGGGCAUCAACCCCAACCGGCCUCAUCACAGGGAAAGACGGGACACGCAUGAUGAAAGAGAAGAGAAGAGCUGCAGCGAGAGUUCAGAGCGUGAGGAGGAGGUUGGCAGUGACGACAGCGAAGACGAAGCGGGUGACAUCAAGAUUACCUCAUCCUCUAAAGAAGCUCUUGCAAACUCCGCUGGGACGUUUCCUUUUUCAGCUCAGUCCUCCAAGCUCCAAGCAAGCCUGAAAGCCAGGAGCAAAAGGCCUGGACCUCCUGGCCUGGGAAGCUUCCCCUGCAUGCAGCAGAGGAGUGCAGCCAGGCGGCCAAACUUCAGCAACUUGGACAGGGGACAUCCGGACCACAUGGGGGCUACUAAAGCCUCCCUCCCCAGCUGGGGUGUGCCAUCAAUAGGCUGCAACUUUGGAGAGAGCCACAGCAACCACCGAGCUCUGACCGAGGCAAAGAGACUCAAAGACAAUGAGAGGAAGACCUCUGCAGGACAGAGCUUAAGAGGGAAGGAAAAGGGUCAUGGAGUGAGCAGGCUCCUGCAGAGCUUCACGGCUGAUGAAGGUUUCCGAUUGGAUGAGGAGAGCAGUUUCUCGGAGGGGGAAGAAGAGGAUGAGGAGGACGACAGGCAGAAGGAGAAGUCCCUGUCCCAUCUUCCCCCCAACAUGCCUUCCAGAAUACCAGCGCUGCCAAACUGUGUGCUGAGUAAAGAGAUGCUGGUGGAUGGCCUGAAGAUCCUAAUCUCCAAGGAGGACGAGCUGCUGUAUGCCGCGUCGGUUCAAACCCUGGACCUGCCUGACAUCUUCAGUGUCGUCAUUGAAGGGGAACGGGGAAAUCGGCCAAGGAUCUACUCACUGGAGCAGCUACUGCAAGAAGCCGUGUUAGACGUGCGACCCCAGACGGAGGUUAUUCUGACGGAGGGAACCCGAGUGUGUGCCUACUGGAGCGAACGCUCACGCUGCCUGUACCCCGGCUACGUCCACCGUGGAGGUCCAGGUGAGGAAGAGAAGGAGAAGGAAGGGAGCGUGAUGGUGGAGUUUGAUGAUGGAGACCGAGGAAGGAUUUCCCUUGUAAACAUCAGACUUCUUCCUCCUGGAUACCAGAUCCGCUGUGCAGAACCGUCUCCAGCUCUGUUGAUCUCUCCGGGCCAUCGGGGUCGGCGAAGCGCUACGGCAGAGAAGAAAGACACAGAGAAACUAGCCAAUGAGGAGGCAGGAGGGAAGCCCCAGGAAAAAAGACCAGUUGGCAGGCCAAAGAAAACAUACUCAGUGCCAAAGACAGCCAACUUAUCAAGCUCAGCAACCAAUUCUGUGAUGAAGGGAAAUGUUCCGCUGUUGAACUGGUCCAUGCCCAGAAAGAGACCACCAAUGGACUUCUUCCUCUUCAAUGGGACAUCCCGUAAAACCCAGAAGAAGAUUAGGGAGAGAGACUUGGGCUUGUUUCACCGGCCAGUCCUGCAUUCUCUAGCACCUCCAACCCCUAUUAAAAGCAUUUUUGGCACUGCAUUUGAGGUUGACUCAUUCAGUAGCAUCGCUAAUGGCUACUCAACCUUUGGGAACGGUGGAGCCUCUGUAGCCGGGAGACCAGUCACCGCCAUGGGUUCCAUGGGCCUCCGGGACUCGCCUUGUUCCUCAUCAGUUACCAUGGCCGCGGCAGCUGUGAGCCGCAAGCCUCUGAGUGAACGUGACAGAAAACACUUCUUAGUGAAGCUAGACCAUGAAGGAGUGACUUCCCCCAAAACCAAAAAUGGAAAAGCUUUGCUGCGGUUUGGAGGAGGAGGAGGGAGAGGAGUGAAAGGCCUUGCAUCUACUGUACCACAACGGUACAUCCAACCUUCUCUUCUGGCAAAACAUGACAAGAAGAUGGGAGAGAAAAGGGAAAGCAGCGCCAGGCCUCGGUCUGAGACCCUUCGGAAGGGCAGUCCACCUCUCAGGAAAGAUGUUCUCUCUGCAGGACUUGGGGUGAAAGGUGGAGAUUACAGUUUGGACUACCCUAGCGACUGCCCCAGCUCUUACUCUGAACUGGAUGAGGAAGACGAGGACGAUGGUCAAGAAGCAAGACGGAGACGAGCAGCCGUCUCAUCCCAUCGGGGCGGUCGUUUUCUAUCCCGUCCGUCCAUCUGCUUCUCUUCAUCGUCCUCCUCCUCUUCUUCAUCUGGUUCCAUUUCCUCCUCCUCUCUGUGUUCCUCGGACAACGACUCCUCCUACUCGUCCGAUGAAGAGUCAUCGUCUGUGCUGCUGCGGCGGGCGCUUCUCCAGCAGGACAAACAGAAGAACAGGCAGAACGUCAACUCCGGCCUCCGGAGCCCCGAUCCCACCACCUCCAACCCCGCUUCAACGUCGCCUAAUGGCUACGUUACCAAAGCUGGUGUAGCCAUGGGAGGAUUGAAGGCAAGAGCCGACAGAGCGGAAGACAGGAAAGAGUACAUCUCCAAAGAAAGCAUGAUGGUCAGCAGCAGAAUGACUAAAGUGCAGCUGAAGAGGAAAGAAAGUUCUUCUAACGAUCACCAUCAGGCCCAAAGCAGCCCUGCCAGCCAGCAGAUGAAACCAGCCAACAAGGACUCAGCAGCCACCAAGAAGCAGAGAAUGUCUUCGCCUGAACCUCUUCCAAAAAUGGCCGCCCUGCUGCCUGGACGCCAGCUCUGGAAAUGGUCUGGCAAUCCCACACAGAGAAGAGGUCUAAAGGGUAAAGCCCGUAAGCUUUUCUACAAGGCCAUCAUGCGGGGCAAGGAGAUGGUGCGUGUCGGCGACUGCGCCGUGUUCCUGUCACCUGGUCGGCCCCAGCUGCCCUACGUGGGAAGAGUGGAGAGCCUCUGGGAGUCGUGGAGCUCCAGCAUGGUGGUCAGGGUCAAGUGGUUCUACCACCCAGAGGAAACUCGCCUGGGGAAGCGACACCGUGAUGGCAAGAACGCUUUGUACCAGUCGAGCCAUGAGGAUGAGAACGAUGUGCAGACCAUCUCCCAUCGUUGCCAGGUGGUCAGCAAAGUGGAGUACGAUCACCUGAUGCGUGAACGUAAGGCGGGCGGCCCCUCCAACGACCUGUUCUACCUGGCUGGAACCUACGAGCCCACCACAGGCCAGCUGGUCAGCGCGGACGGCAUGGUGAUCUUGUCCUAGCACCGCUGGGGGAAGCAGAUAUCCAACACGAUUGCUGGAGUUCUUCUAGACAGAGGCAAGAUGACGCUUGAUUCCGUGGAUGAACUCACUUUUUUGGAUAAAGAGUGAGCCAGUAGUUCAGAGGAACGGACUGGCCCAGGCCACAUUUACCCAGGCUCCUUGUCUUACCCAGAGUUUCAACCCUUCUCUGGGGCAACCAAACACGAGUACUUUGGACUGGAACGUCUUGGAAGUAUUCCAACAGGAGGGCUUUCUGAAGCAAAGAGACUCAACGCUAAGGAGAGACAUGCUGUAAACCACACUGGUUUGGAUGGAUGUAACGGUCUUAUACAUGUAGUCUGACUCGGACGACGCUAUUUAAAGGCCCCCAAUAGGACCAAUAAACACUGUAGUUUGGACUUAAAUGCAUAUAUGUUUCUGCAGAGUGACUGUGAUGGCAUUUAAUGAACUUUUAAUGCACAUUAUCAGUGCUUGCGUUUGUACAGUUUGUGACGUCGAGCGACGACACGAUGUCACCAGACUCUAAUAAUCGAUUCAGUGCUCGACGACUUUAGUUGUCGGUCAUUAACGACCAAAAGGCCGAACCAAGUUUUCCUCCUUUGAAGCCAUACACAUCAAUACCUCUCUAUCGCCGUCUCUGUCAUGUCCGCCUGUCCGGGCGCAGGCAGUAGGAUUGUUUAUUUGAGCUGUGUGUGUGUGUGUGUGUGUGUGUGUGUGUGUGUGUGUGUGUGUGUGUGCCUGGGCAAAUGUGUAUGUGCUUUUUACAGCAUUCUAUGUAGAGUAACACGCUGUAACAUAGUAUAUAAAUAUAAAUAUAUAAAUAUAUAUAAAUUUAUGUUCAUGUGGUUUCCUUUGCAGAGAUUAUUUUAUUUUAGAGUUUUCUGGGGAUGGUGGGUGUUUUUGUGUGUUGCAGAGGAAGAAGGUGGGCUAAUGUUUUCUUCUGUAUAAAUGCACUGAAUAGGACUAGAGGUGUGUUUGGGGUGAAGCUCUGCAACCCAUGUGAUGAUUUAGUGGCUGUAGCUCUAGGCAAAAAGUAAAUAUGUAGAAAAGGUGUUUGGAAUAUUUUCUUUUUUUAAAAAAACAAAAACAAAAAAAGCUCUUUUUUAUACAUGUUUAGUAACUAUUUUAUUCUUUUUUUUGUUGCUUGUUUUAAUCGAUUGGAGUUAGAAUGUGCAUUUCUUUUCACUUCUGUUCAGCAAAUACCAGAAAAGAAAGUUGCAUUUCUGCCUAAAUCCUGAAAACAAAAAACAAACUAAAAAAAAAAAAAUUAAAAAUCCAGUUCUUGCCUGUUUUUAGCCUGUGGAAAGUGUAGACACUUAUCUGGCAGCAAAAAGAAACAUACCAAAGCACCUGUGACUUUACGCUACACCCUAUUAGAUCAACAACAAUAAAAAGAAAGUAUAAAAGACGUUCAAUCAAUUCUGAAACCGGGACCCCUGCAAUCUCAGAGGGAUUUCCUCUCGUCCUGUCCGCAUUCAUCCGGUGUUCGCGGAGACGGUGUCCGCAUGCCACCCAGCUGAUGCACUUGAGGUCUCUAUGGCAACCAGUAUGGCAUCACGUGACCCUGUAGGACAAUCAGAGCCAAUCAAUGGGACGAUGUUGGGAGACAAAAAUACAAGAGAAAAGGAUCAAAUCACAAAUUUAUGCUUCUUGUCACUUUUAUUCACGCUUUGCCAAAAACAAAAAAUAUGUCUGUACAUUUUUUGUGUUUAUGUUUCCUUUUGUUUUUCAUCAUCAUCUUCUUGUUUAUGCAAGCCUGGAUGACUGUUUGUUGUAUAGGAUGUACAGGAGGAGGAACAUAAAUGCCUUUUUUCCCUUUUUGAGGACUGACUGACUUUUAACAGCAUCUCUGCUGUUACACUGCAAAGCAAAAGCUUUAAAUGGAACCUAAUGUGAAACUCAGCUUUGAACUAUUGCUUUUAUGGGUCUUUAAUUGAUUGAUUUUUUAAAGCUGUAUUUUCUUUAAGAAACACUGGAUUGAAUUCUGAUCAUCACAUUUCAACGGGAGGUGGGGUUUGGGGUGGGGAGCAUCAUUGUGUGUUUUUUGUUUUUAGACCCACUGGAAUCUGCUUUGUAUGGUUAAAAUAGCCUACGAAAAUAUAUUAUGUAAUUUCAGUCAUUCAUUGGAAAUAUGACUAAAAUAUUUCCUUGUGUACAAAAAGAAAAAUAUUUAUCUUAAUUUUAUUGCCUUUUAUUGCGUUUCAUUAAAAAAAAAAGGAUUCUUAAGAAUGAAA